CAUGGAGACUCCUCCUGUUCCUUCCAUCUUACUACACCAUAUUAAUAUACAUUUCGUUUCUCCUAACAUUAAAAAAAAUGUUGGCUAUAUUUCACAAAGCAUUUGCUCACCCACCAGAAGAGCUGAAGAGCCCAGCUUCUGAGUAUAGAACCCAGAAACCCAAACUCCCUGAGAGCACACUCAAAGACUUCCUCUCCGCUCACCCUUCCGACGCUUGCUGUGUCAGCUUUGAAGAUGCCGCCGUUCUUGCUUAUGUUCGUCCCCACGCCUCUUCUUUCUUCCACCAAACCCCAAGGGUGUUUUGUGGGUACGAUGACAUAUACUGCUUGUUUAUGGGGAGUUUGAACAACCUAUGUUCCCAAAUAAAGCUGUACGGGCUGUCGAAAAGCAGCAACGAGGCGAUGCUAGUUAUUGAAGCCUACAGGACGCUUCGCGACCGUGGUCCAUAUCCGGCUGACCAAGUUGUAAAGGAUCUUGAAGGAAGUUUUGCGUUUGUGAUUUAUGACAGCAAGACCGGAACCGUGUUUGUCGCCCUGGGUUCUGACGGUGGGGUGAAGCUGUAUUGGGGAAUUGCCGCAGAUGGAUCGGUGGUGAUUUCUGAUGAUUUACAGGUUAUCAAAGCAGGCUGCGCCAAGUCAUUUGCACCCUUUCCCACAGGGUGCAUGUUCCAUAGUGAAAAAGGGCUAAUGAGCUUCGAGCAUCCAAUGAACAAGAUGAGAGCUAUGCCUAGGAUUGAUAGUGAAGGUGUGAUAUGCGGCGCAAACUUCAAAGUGGAUCUGUAUUCAAGGGUUAACAGCAUCCCUCGAGUUGGAAGUGAAGCUAACUGGGCUGAAUGGACCCAAACUUAACCACCUAAUCCCUCUAUCUGCACAUUAUGCAUCAUCAAUUGUUCCACCGCUGCGAUAGCCGGCCAGCCUUCAUCGUCUUUCUGAUUUCCCGUUUCACUAGCUUCUACUUUCCUGCAUAUAUGCACUCUGAUCUUUUUCACCUUACCUUUCUGUUCUUUCCAUACAUGCAAAAUUUCAGAAAAUAAUGUAGUCGUCUGUAAAUGUUUCCAUACAAUAUAAUGCAAGCUAAGAUAAGCGUCUUCCAAAUCCA